UUAAAGUUUAUUCAUUAUCUGCAUUUAUAUUUGCUUUGUUUUAGAAAGAAGAAAUACCCAAUGCUGUUCUUCUUUACUCAUUAAUAAGACACACAAUUGUGUAGACUGAGUCAAACAUCUAGUACCAUGUGAUAAAUUACCCCAGAACACCAAGGUCAUUGGAGAAGCAGAAGUUGCCAUUCCCAAGAAGUUAACACUUCCUUCUGUUGUGAAUGGGCACAUGGAGAGGACACAUCACCACUUUUAACAAAGCAUUUGGGUUAUUCUAUCUGUUGUAGAAUCUAAUUACUGGAAAGAUUUUUAUGAAUCAUCCUAAACAAAGCCUUCAUUUACUGUAGAACUAUAUGUAUACACAUAUACACUAUAUAUAUAUAUAUGUGUGUGGCAUAUGAUUGCUUGUCUUUAGUUUGAAUAUUUUCAGUGACAGGGAAUUUACUACAUCCAUCAGUAAACUAAAUCCAGGCACAUACAACUUUGAAGCAAUGGAUACAGAAAACCACUCAAUGGUGACUGAGUUUAUCUUCAUGGGCAUCACCCAAGACCCUCAGAUGCAGAUCAUCUUCUUCGUGGUUUUCCUCAUAGUUUACCUGGUUAAUGUAGUGGGGAACGUUGGUAUGAUUAUCCUGAUUAUAACAGACACUCAGCUUCACACACCCAUGUAUUUUUUCCUCUGCAACCUCUCCUUUGUUGACCUGGGCUACUCCUCAGCCAUUGCUCCCAGGAUGCUGGCUGACUUCCUAACAAAGCACAAAGUUAUCUCCUUCUCCAGCUGUGCCACCCAGUUUGCUUUCUUUGUAGGUUUUGUGGAUGCUGAGUGCUAUGUCCUGGCAGCCAUGGCCUAUGAUCGUUUUGUGGCUAUCUGUCAACCCCUCCACUAUAGCACCCUCAUGUCCAAGCGGGUCUGCUUGGCUCUCAUGCUGGGCUGUUACCUGGCUGGUCUAGUAAGUUUAGUAGCCCACACUACCCUCACCUUCAGCCUGAGUUACUGUGGUUCCAAUAUCAUCAACCAUUUCUUCUGCGAAAUCCCACCACUCUUGGCCCUCUCUUGUUCAGACACCUACAUCAGUGAGAUCUUGCUCUUCAGUCUGUGUGGCUUCAUUGAAUUCAGCACCAUCCUCAUCAUCUUCAUCUCCUAUACCUUUAUCCUCGUUGCAAUCAUCAGAAUGCGUUCAGCUGAAGGCCGCCUUAAGGCUUUCUCCACCUGUGGGUCUCACCUUACUGGCGUCACCCUCUUCUAUGGCACAGUCAUGUUUAUGUACCUGAGGCCAACAUCCAGCUACUCUCUGGACCAAGACAAGUGGGCCUCUGUGUUCUACACGAUUAUCAUCCCCAUGUUGAAUCCCUUGAUCUACAGUUUGCGGAACAAAGAUGUGAAAGCUGCUUUCAAAAAACUAAUUCGAAAAAACCUCAAUAAUAACACAAAAUGAAAAUCUGUUUUUGUCAUAGGUAAAUAAUAGUAGUGGAAGGAGAUAGAAAAUGCAGAUAACUUUUUGAUAAACACUACCCAAGUUACCAUCUCCUUGCUAAGUGAAUAUUAAAUUCUGAAAGGUGGGCUCUAAUCCUUAACUCUACAAUCUGAAAGAAAUAUAAACUAAAUUAGAAUUUUUGAAAGACAUACUGGGCAAGAUGCAUUCAUUUCUUAUUCAAAGUCGGUUUACAUAUUAAUUAGAAAUUGGGACAGGACUCAGUAGGAGAAAGAAAUAACCAAUCACUCUGAAGCAUUUUUUUUUCCCCUGGGGUCAUGAGGAAUGCCAGGUCCAAAUGUUGAAUUUUUUUUUACUCUCAAAAGAAGUCAGAGAAAAUGUAGUUAAAAACAUGGAGAAUGGGGCUGGUGUGAGGGACAAUUUAACCCAGUCUGAGAUCUAUCCAUUCAUAUAUUUAGCAAAAUAUUUUAAGUGUUAUGUAUGUGCCAGGUUCUGGAGGUUAUAAACACAAGGCUUUUUUUUGCCAACAAGGAGUUUGCUGUGCUUUCAGUGACUGUAUUGACUUUCUGAAUCUGCUGCCGCCAGUAACUAAAUCAGUAACUCUGCAAAGUCCAAGGAUAAGAGUGGGGAUUUAAGUUCUGCUGGUAACUAGCUGUAAUUAAGGAAUAAAAUUGUCUUCUUUUUCUGUCCUCAGCUUUCCCUUUAGUUGGUUAAGUGGUUGGGUUCAACUAAUAACCACGGGAUUUCUUUGACCUUCUCUGCCUGAUGUUAAAAGGGAGUAGGCAUCGAAGUUUUGUCAACUUUAUAUAUUGACAUCUUCUUGGCCCUCAGAAAAUCCAAGAACUCUGGGAAUCUAAGAAAGAUAAAGUUGAGUGCAAUCUCCAAGGCUAAUUUUGGCAAGAUUGUGAUGUCUACAAGAUUAACUUACCUGUUCCCAUCUAAAAUUAGUCCUGUCUUGUCUCUUAAUUAGACCCCCGCUUCCCUUGGGUGCCGUGGGUCUCCAUGCCCUCCACCACCAUCCCCAGGCCUUUUUCAAAGAACAGUCUCAUUAACCCUGGUGUAUGAAUGACUGACAAGAAAAAAUUAUAUAAUUUUUAUUCACAUGUUCUAAAGGCUACAAAAUACUCAAUUGAAAACAAGAAUGCCAGGUAUCAGCAGCAGACUGAGAUCUUGGAAAAGCUAACAUUUUCCCAGAUGUGCUGAAAUUGUCAUAAUAACAGUUUUGAAUACUUACAAUCAAUCAUCGUUCUCUUUCAACCCUUCCUCCAGUGCAACAUAGUUAAAAGUCAGGGGAACACAAUGGUUGCCUUAAAGUACAGAGCUGCCAUAUUCAUCAUGAAAGGCACUGAAGAGUUUUUAACAUAAAAAACCUAGAACUCACUGGGGUUUAUCUGUACACAAGUUGUAAUUGAUCUAGUUUAAAAUUAGUCACAUCACAACUCAUUUUUGGGAAAGAACCACCUGUAGCUAAUGCACAGAUAUAGAGUUGACAGUUCAGAAACAGUCCAGAUCUAGCCUUCAGUUUCUUUUUUUCACCAUUGUGAAAAUCAGGUGUGCUCUGUGAAAUACAAGAAAAAAGUGCUUUCCUAUCCCGUUAACUACAAACGAAGUAUAUGUUAUAAUUGAGCAUAUACUUAGAAUCAGAAUUGAACGUAUACUUAGAAUUUAAGUUGCCUUAGAAUCAGGAAUCUUAGAAUCCCAUUGCUAAAUCUUUAAUCAGUGACCUUGUGGCUGCAGGGUCACCUUUUCUCAUUUCCUGUACUCAUGCACUAAACAAACCACUUUAAAUCUUAUUAAAUUCACACAAUAAUCAUUUGAAACAGACAUUACCCUCAUUUUAUUUAUUUUAAAUUAUUAUUUUAAUUUUUUAUUUAUUU